CCACCCCCCUCCAAUUCCCCUCCUCUCCCUCCCCCUCCCGCCCCUCCCACCCCUCCGCUUUUCUCUCGGUCUCUUCCUACCCCGACGCCGUUUCCUCCACCCGCGCGUGCCCGGCGCGCGUCCCCGUGGAGCGCGUCCCCGCCUCGCUGACCGUCAUGCCGGGGAAGCACGUGACCCUCCGCUGCCCGCACGGCCGACCCGGCGCCAACGUCACGUGGUUCCGCCUGGCCUGCCCGCGCCCCGGCUGCUCCGUGACCCCCAUCGAAGGGACGGAACGGGAGGGGACGGAGAUGGCGGCGAACGGAACCGAACUGGUGCUGAACGGAACGGGGAGGAACUGGGCCGGGAUUUUUUAUUGCCGCGUUCGGGACGGGACGGCGGAGGGAGCGUCGUGUGGGACCUUCGUGCGCGUGCGCGAGUCGGAGCCGGCGCCGUUCCUGGCGCUGUCGGAGGGGACGAAGAACCGCCUGAUGGUGGCUGAGGGAGCCCUGCUGCUGCUGUGCGCCGCGGGGCCCGGGAUGCUGCUGCUGCUCAGGAAGCGCUGGGCCAACGAGCGGCUGCUGCAGGGCAAGAAGAGCCUGGGGGAGGAGGAGAACCUGUAUGAGGGGCUGGACCUGACGCAGUGCUCCAUGUACGAGGACAUCUCCCACCGCCCCCAGCCCACCUACCAGGACGUGGGGACGGCGGGGGGCGGCGGCGCGGGGCUGGAGAAGCCGUGAGGGCGGUGGCGGCACGGCGGGGGGACGUGGUGUGACGUCACGGGGCGGCGUGGCGGGGACAUUAUGGGAUGUCGUGGGGAGGAAAUAGGGGCAUCGUGUGUGGGACAUCGUGGGGACGUCGUGGGAUGUCAUGUGGCACCAUGAGGAUGUUAUGGGGACACCAUGGGGACAUCUGUCACCUUUUCGGAUCUGCCACCUUUGGGGGUUUGUCACCUCUUAGGAUCUGUACCUUUUGGGGUUUGUCACCUUUUGGGGUUUGGUACCUUUAGGGUUUGUUUAGGAUUUGUCACCUUUAGGAUCUGUCGUCCAAUAAAGAGUGCUGUGCUGA